GAAAGUAUACCGAGCCUGUUGAAGUUGAUGAGCAGAAUCUACGUGCCGGCGGUUUCGUCCAACAGCACAUGGCCAGAUAGCUUUAGAAAGGAAUUCAGCGGACAGAUACACAAGUUUAUGGCAAUCUUGACUGAAAGCUCGCAUCAGAUCCAUGGCAACACCGUGCUGUACGUGCCGAGAGACGAUCUGACUGACUUGGAUGCCUGCGUGAAAGACAAGGAGCUAGUCCAGCGCCUGGAGACAAACCUGAUUCACUGGACGAGGCAGAUCAAAGAGGUGAUUGCUGGGUCCGAUGCCUCUCACAGCGAUGCUCAACACGAGGACAGAGGCCCUCUAGCGGAGAUACAGCAUUGGAAAAGCCGCUCAGACGAUUUGAGUGGAAUCAGCUCACAGCUCGAACGAUCAGAUGUGAAGCGGAUCUGCUCGGUCCUUGAGAAAGCAAAGUCGUCAUACUUGAAACCGUUCAGCGACCUAGCGCAAGAGAUCAUGGAUGGCAGUGAAGAAGCUCGCGAUAACCUCAAGUUCCUCCAAAUCCUCUUCGAUCCCUGUACCAAACUGGCAAGCGCGAAGCCGAAAGACAUUUCACAACAUCUCCCGGAGAUUUUGAAUCUGAUCCGCGUGAUAUGGUCUCUGUCUAAGUACUACCAUACGCCUGAGCGAAUCAUGGGGUUGCUGAGAAAAGUCAGCAACGAGAUCAUUCUACGUUGUUGUGAAAACAUCAACUUGAAAGACAUCUUCGACGGUAAAAUAGAAGAACCCUCCCAAGUUUUGCAGGAAAGCAUAAAGUCAGGAGACGACUGGAAAGAAAUCUACCGCAAGAUGGUAGAAAGGAUGAAGAUAAUCGAUCCCGAAAAAGCAUGGAACUAUGACGAGAGUCGCAUCUUCGCACAAAUAGAUGCCUUCAUGCAGAGAUGCCGUGACUUGCUGGAGGUAUGUGAGAGUCAAAAUCAAUUCAGCCCCUCGGAGGAAUCAGAAAUACCUGUCUUCAGUGGCGUGCAAGGAGACGAAAUCUCGAAAAACCUUACAAAGAUUCAGCAGAGUUUCAAGAAGCUCAUCACUAACUUUUCAAACCUCAAGUAUAAUAUUUUGGAUGUGAAGGCGACCAAAUGGCAUGAUGAUUACAACGUAUUCAAAUCUGGAGUCAAGGAUUUGGAGAUGAUGAUGCAAAACGUUAUCACAAGUGCGUUCGAGACAGUCUCCACCGUAGAGCAGGGGCUGAGGAUGCUAGAGGCAUUCCACCAUAUGGCAAAGCGCGAAGCAAUCAAGAGGACGGUGCAGAACAAAUCGUCGUUUGUUUACUCACUGUUUUUCAAUGAGCUGACAAAGGUAGGACGUGAGUUCAAUCAGAAUCGUUCUUCCCCUCCUAUCAGUCAGGGAAUUCCCAAGUAUUCCGGUUCAGCCGUAUGGGCCAAGUCCUUGCAGAAAAGGUUGCAGGAUCAGAUGACAGUCUUGAACUCGACCUACUACCUGAGAAGCUGCAGAGAGCAUGAAGAGGCUCAGUCGAACUUUUACGCGCUCAGCGGCGCGAUCGAUGAAUAUAUCAAGAAGAACUAUCAGGACUGGGCGUCUAACAUCGACGAGAACUACGCGAGCAAGCUGGAGCGAAACCUUCUCGUCCAGGUGGCCGGAGGCUUCCUGGAGAUGAACUUCGACAAGGACUUGAUCCGAUUGUUCCAAGAAGUCCGGUACUGGGAGAAGUUGGUGUUUCCUAUCCCCUACACGGCUAUGGAGAUGGCUUCUCAGCGUGAAAAGUUCAGGGUGAUCCGAGAGAACGUGCUGCUUGUUGUGCGAGAUUUCAACAAGAUUCUGUCUAUUACAGACAAGGGAGAACGUAAAUUAUUCCAGGAGAAACUCAACAACCUGAAACGGAUCAUCAACCCUGGUAUAACUAAGAUGCAUUGGUCCUCCCGCGGUAUAGUCGACUACUACUGCAGACAAUGCCGUACACAUUGUGAAGAAGUCUAUAGACUCGUUCUGACCUUCAAGUCCAAUCAUGAUCAAAUCAUGAAACUUGGGAACAUGAUUGCAGAUACCUUGUUGGUGAAGAUAGAGAACAAGCGUAUAUAUGAAGAAGGAAGCUUUGAACAAGUGCAAGACGAACACCGUUCUGACGUCAAGAACAAAUUGAAGAAUGCGCAUGAAGAGAUCAAGAACCUGAUUUCAAAGAGUUACGAGAUGUUCAGCAACGACAUGGAAGAAAUACAGAGAGAAUGGCACAGGUAUGUUUCCAAGAUCGAUCGGAUGGUUGAAGAUGCCCUGCGUACAACCGUGAAGAAAUCUUUGCAAGAAAUAUCGAAGGCAAUCAACGGCGAUGCCAAGACUGAGGUGCACCCUAUCUUCAAGGUGAACAUGACGUUAGAGAGGGAGAGAGUGGAGUUUAAACCCACGAUGAACAACUUAACGCAAAUGGUGAACAAUGUCUCCAAGGAGCUCAUCACAGUGGUGACAAUCAUCCCCAAGUUGAAGGACCUCCAUGACUCAAAGGAGACAUUUUACUCGCGGAUCUCGAAUGACGAAGAUAUCCUCAAGAUUAUGGUGAGCGUGAUGGGAGGAAUGAGCUCAAGCCUGGAUAAACUUCAAAAGUACCUGACGUUCUGGGAGAAGUACAAGCACACGUGGGACUAUGACAAAGAUGCAUACAUCCGGAGGUAUGCCAAAGCAAACCGCACCUUGGCAACCUUCGAGCAGGACAUUCAACGAUACAGAGAGCUGCAGAAUGACAUACUUGCCGAAGAUACAAUAGUCAACAUGAACUUCAUCUGUAUCGAUUGCUCGCCAUUGAAGCAAGCAAUUGUUGGCCACUGCAUUGGUUGGCAGAACAAGUUCACUUCCUUGCUUCACAGCAAUGCAACAUCAGAAUUAAAUGCCUUGCGAGAUCUCUUCUUUUCAAACACGCAGAAGUUUCAGACACAUCCUUCCAAUCUGGAUGAGCUGGCCGAACUGAUUUCACAAUGUAAGAAGCUGCAGGAGGAAACAGAUUCUAUCAGCGCAAGGUUUGAGCCUUUGUACGAUCACUACAAGCUGUUGGAGAAAUUUGACAUCAUCAUUCCCGAAGAAGAAAAAGAGCAAGUGGAGUCUCUUCCCAAUGAGUUUGUCAAGUUCAAGGCGAUGCUAACAGACUCAGAGCGGUCGCUUCACAGCAGCAAAGAGAAGAUGAAAGGCAACCUGAUUCAGAGCCUGGAACAAUUCAAGAUUGAUGUCGCCAACAAGAGGAAGAAGUUUCUGUCGGAAGGACCUUUCGAUCCCAACACUGACUUGCAGAAGGCCUUCAGUCAGAUCCAACACUGGAAGCAAAUGACAUCGGCAGACCGAGAAGGUGAGAGCAAAAUGCAGGCCGGAGUUGACUUGUUUGGUCUGGAUAGACCGGUGUACAAAGACAUAUCUCUGGUGGAGAAGGACCUGGAGCUAUUGGAGCAGUGUUGGAAUUUGGUGAAGGAGUGGAAUGAAAUGUGGGAGUUGUGGAAGAACGGAAGGUUCACGGACCUUCACACAGAGGAAAUGGAGGAGGCAGCAGCAAAGUUCAACAAGAAGUUGCAGAGGAUUGGGAAGGAGGUGAAGAACUGGGACAUCUGGGAAAAGACGAGAGAGAAAGUGGACCAGUUCAAGAGAGCGCUGCCUCUCAUCCAAGACCUCAGGAACGAGGCCCUUCGUGAUCGUCACUGGAUACAACUGAUGGAGCAUAUUGGCAAGACUUUCGAGCCUUCCGAUGACGAUUUCACCCUGAACAAGGUGAUGGAACUACAGCUUCCCAGUUUUGCAGAGGUGAUCGGUACAAUCUCGAACUCUGCCAGCAAGGAGUUGAUGAUUGAGAAAGCAGUCAACAACAUGGAAAGCACUUGGAACGUCAUGAAGCUAGAUAUUCACAAGUACAAGGAAGACUACUUGAUGUUGAGAUCUACGGAGGAAGUGUUUGCAGCCUUGGAGGACAACGUGGUCUCACUUUCAACCAUGAAGUCAUCCAAGUAUGCCUUGUCGUUUCUCCCCGAGCUUGAGAAGUGGGAGAAAACGCUGUCACUGGUCUCAGAGACCGUCGAGUCGAUCCUCACGGUGCAGAGAUACUGGAUGUACCUGGAGAACAUCUUCGUGGGCUCAGAAGACAUUCGGAAGCAGCUGCCGACCGAGUCGAAGCUCUUCGAUCAGAUCAACACCACAUGGAAGCAGAUCAUGAAACGUCUGCAACAGGAGAACAACGUCGUGAGUGCCUGCAAACUGGACGGAAUGCUGAAGACGCUGAACAACUUGGAGUCGAACCUCGAGAAGAUCCAAAAGUCGUUGGACCAGUACCUGGAGACCAAACGGCAGGCGUUCCCGCGAUUCUACUUCAUCUCCAACGACGACCUUCUGGAGAUUUUAGGGCAGGCAAGAGACCCCCUGGCUGUCCAGCCUCACUUGAAGAAGUGCUUCGAAGCCAUCAAGUCCCUCAAACUUGAGCCGCCCGGCAAAGACGGUCGGAGGAAUUACGAAGCGAUCGCCAUGAACUCGCCGGACGGAGAGAGCGUGCUGUUCACGAGUCACAUCACGAUAGAUGGACCUGUCGAAGUUUGGUUGUUGGAGAUCGAGAAUGUCAUGCGCCAGACCCUCCGCAAGGUUCUCAAUCAAACCCUUAGCUCCAUGAAAGGAACCAAGCGAGAGAAGUGGGUCAACGACUUUCCGGGUCAGCUCCUGAUCACUGCCGGUCAGAUGCAGUGGACGUCUGAGUGUGAGAAGGGUCUCCUUGAUAGCGAGAAAGGCAACAAGGUCGGCGUCCGCACCGCCAAGAAGAAGCAGGUGGUGCUGCUCAACAAGUAUGCGGAGAUGGUGAGAGGCCAGUUGAACAAGCUCAACCGAAACAAGGUCGUCGCAAUCAUCACCAUCGAAGUCCAUGCUCGAGAUGUAAUCGACAAGAUGAUCAAAAACGGCACGGCGUACCUCAACGACUUCGAGUGGAUGUCACAACUUCGAUUCUAUUGGGACAAAGAGAUUGACGAUUGCCUGACGAAGCAGAAUCAGAGCAAGUUCGUCUACGGCUACGAAUACCAGGGGAACAACGGAAGGCUUGUCAUCACCCCUCUCACUGACAGGUGCUACAUGACCCUCACCACAGCUCUGCACCUCAAGAGAGGAGGAAAUCCCCUGGGCCCAGCUGGCACCGGCAAGACAGAGACGGUGAAGGACCUCGGCAAGGCGAUCGCCAUGUACGUGCUAGUCUUCAACUGCUCGGAUGGCCUCGACUACAAGUCUCUCGGGCGCAUGUUCUCAGGUCUUUGCCAGCAGGGAGCGUGGUCAUGCUUCGAUGAGUUCAACAGGAUUGACAUAGAGGUCCUCUCAGUUGUAGCCCAGCAGAUCCUUCAGAUCCUCACGGCUGUCAAGGAGAUGCAAAACUCUCUCAUCUUCGAAGGAAUUCAUAUCAAGCUGAUCAAGACCCUCGGGAUCUUCGUCACCAUGAACCCGGGAUAUGCCGGCCGUUCUGAACUUCCCGACAAUUUGAAAGCUCUUCUGAGGCCGAUAGCGAUGAUGGUGCCGGAUCUUGCUUUGAUAGCUGAAAUCAUGCUGAGCUCUGAGGGAUUUCAGAACGGAAAAGUGUUGGGAAAGAAGCUGAUCACGCUCUACCAGCUGAUGCAGCAGCAGAUGAGCAAGCAGGAUCACUAUGACUACGGGAUGAGAGCUAUCAAAGCCGUCCUCGUCGUCGCAGGUUCUGUCAAGCGAGUCGAUCCGGAGAUGUCGGAGGAAGUGAUCCUUCUGCGGGCAGUGAGAGACAUGUCCAUCCCGAAGCUGGUGGGCUCGGACAUCCACCUCUUCAACGCUCUUUGCGGGGAUCUUUUCCCAGGGGUUGAGCUGCCUGUGGUGGACUACGGAGAUCUGCUGCAAGGCAUUAAAGAGUCCCUCACCGAGUCAAAGCUGCAGCACAAUCAAAACAUCAUCCUCAAGACCAUCCAGAUCUACGAGGCCAAGGCCUGCCGGCACGGCAACAUGCUGGUAGGGCGAACCAAGACAGGAAAAACCACCGCCUGGUCCACCCUGCAGAAGGCUCACAACUCGUUGAAGAAGCAGAAUAAGAGCGGGUGGGAGCGGGUGGUGACUUUCGUGCUCAAUCCCAAGGCGUUCAGUCUGGGAGAGCUGUUCGGCGAGUACAACCUGAUGACGCGCGAAUGGACUGAUGGAACUCUCAGUAGCUGCAUGCGUGAAGCCUGCUCCGACGAGAAGCCCGACAACAAAUGGAUCCUUCUGGACGGGCCCGUCGACACCCUGUGGAUAGAGAGCAUGAACACGGUUCUGGACGACAAUAAGCUGUUGACUCUGAUCAACGGCGAAAGAAUCGCGUUGCCUCCCAUGGUCAAGUGUCUGUUCGAAGUCGAGGACCUUGCUGUGGCCUCACCUGCCACAGUGAGUCGAGCAGGGAUGAUCUACUUCGACCUCUCAGGGCUGGGAUGGCGCUCUUACACUGACAGCUGGUUGGAGUCCAAGAAGGGCAAGGAGGAGGAUGCUGAGAUGGUACCGCUGAUCUCGAAUCUGAUCGACAAGUACAUCGACAAGAUACUCGAGAACAAGAAGCACAACGUCACUGAGCUCAUUCCGCUCUCUCCUCUCAACACUGUGAUCAGCUUGACGAAGCUCUUCGACGCCUUGAGCACCAAGGCGAACGGAAUCGUACCAGGAAGUGACACGCUUGCAAAGAUGACUGAGAUGUGGUUCAUAUAUUGCUUAGCCUGGUCUCUGGGAGCUGGAGCAGACGAGAACGGAAGGAGGAAGUUGGACGUUUGUAUCAGAGAGAUCGAUGCCCAGCUACCGGGCAAGAACACAGUCUACGACUACUUCGUUGACGUUCACAAGGUGCAGUGGAGCCCCUGGGAAGAGAAAGUGACGGCGAAGCAAUGGAGACCGACUGCGGAUACUCCCUUCUUCAAGCUGAUCGUGCCGACCAUCGACUCCAUCCGCAACACGUCUCUACUAGACGUUCUCAUCCGCGAGCAUCGUGACGUCAUCAUCACUGGCCCUGUCGGCUGCGGCAAGACAACCAUCAUCCAGCAGUGCCUCGCGCAGCUCCCGGAGUCCAUGACUGACCUCAACAUUCAGUUCUCAGCUCAGACGUCUUCGAACCGUGUGCAGGAAACCAUCGAGGCGAGCGUGGAGAAACGGACCAAAGACACGUACGCACCUCCUGCCAACAAGAAGAUGAUCAUCUUCAUCGACGACAUGAACAUGCCGCAGAAAGACACCUUCGGGAGCAUGCCUCCCCUCGAGCUCUUGAAGAUGUGGCUCGAGUACGGGUUCUGGUACGACCGUGCAAAGCAGCUCAAGCGGUUCAUCAAAGAUUGCUUCGUGCUCGGCGCGCUGGGGCCCCCUGGCGGAGGGAGGAACUGGCUGCCGCAGAGGUUCCAGAGCAAAUUUCACUGCGUGAACUUCACGUUCCCGGAUGACUCGCAGGUCAGGAGGAUCUUCGGCACUCUGAUCAACAUGAAGCUCCAGCACUUCGCGGACGAGAUCAAGCCGCUCGGGGACAUCAUGACUCAGGCCACCAUCGAGAUCUACAACACCGUCAAGGCUGAGCUGCUGCCAACGCCGUCCAAGAGCCACUACAUGUUCAACAUGCGAGACCUGAGCCGAGUGUUCCAGGGAGUGCUCCGAGCUGACGAGCAGUUCACCGACUCGAGAGAUGCCAUGACGCGACUGUGGAUCCAUGAAAGCUUCCGGCUCUUCCACGACAGGUUGACCGACGACGUGGACAGAGCUUGGUUCCGGAAGCUGAUGGAAGGCAAGCUUGAGACUCUGUUCCAGACCUCUUGGAGUCAGAUCUACAUUGGCAACGGCAACCCGACCAUGUUCGUAGACUUCCUAAGAGCAGGAUAUGAUCCUCCCCCGUAUGAGGAGGUGAUGGAUGAAGCGGCGUUCAAGACGUUUGUGGAAGAGAAGUUGGAUGAAUACAAUACAGAGCCAGGAGUCGUCCAGAUGAACCUGGUCCUCUUCCGAGACGCCCUUGCCCACCUCAGCAGGAUCUGCAGGGUGAUCAAGCUUCCUCGCGGAAACUGCCUGCUCAUCGGGGUGGGAGGUAGCGGGCGGCAGAGCAUCAGCAGGUUGGCUUGCUACAUCUGUGAGUUCAAAGUGUUCAUGAUCGAGAUCAGCAAGUCGUACCGUUACAACGACUUCAGGGAAGAUCUCAAGAAGUUGUUUGAGAUGGCCGGCGCCAAGAACCAGCCAACGGUCUUCCUGUUCAACGACAGUCAGAUCGUGGAGGAGUUCUUCCUGGAGGACAUCAACUGCUUGCUCGGGAGCGGCGAGGUCCCUGGCCUCUUUGCGCCCGAUGAGGUCUCGAACUAUCGGGAGCUGAUGAGGAACGAGGCGAGAGCGGCGGGGAUGGAGGAGACGCCGACGGUGCUAUGGCAGCUCUUCAUCGAGAGGUGCCGACAGAACCUUCACCUCAUCCUCUGCAUGAGCCCCAUAGGAGAGGCCUUCAGGACCAGAGUGCGCAUGUUCCCCAACCUGGUCAACUGCUGCACCAUCGACUGGUUCCCCGCCUGGUCCAACGAGGCGCUGCAAGAAGUCUCGCUCAAGUUCCUCAACGAGUCGACCAACCAGAACCUCAAGGAGGCAACGCAGGGAGUGUCGAACAUCUUUGCGGUCGUUCACACCUCCGUCAUCGACAGCACAGCUCGGAUGCUGCAGGAGCUGAAGAGAAACAACUAUGUCACCCCCACCAACUUCCUCGAGCUCGUCAAGGUCUACCUCAGCGUGCUGACACAGAAGCAGAAGGAGCUCGAGGACCAGAUCUUCAAAUUCCGCAACGGCAUCGAGAAGCUUGACAACUCGCGCGAGCAAGUCGAAGUGAUGUCGCAAGAGUUGGAGGUGAAGAAGAAAGAAGUCUCAGUAGCGCAGAAGGAGUGCGAGGAGAUGCUGGUGGUGAUCGUCAGAGACCGCAAGAUUGUCGACGAGCAGCAGAGGAGCAUUCAGGCGGAGAGCGAGAAGGUCCAGCGCGAGGAGGCAGAGACCCAGAAGAUCGCAGACGACGCGCAGAAGGACCUUGACGAGGCUCUGCCGGCGCUCUCAGCAGCCGAAGAAGCUCUGAACGCUCUCAACAAGAAGGAUCUGUCAGAGAUCAAGGCGUACGCCAAACCGCCUCCACUUGUUGAGAUGGUGAUGGAGGCCGUGAUGGUGCUGAGAAAGGGUCAGAGCUCGUGGGAAGAGGCGAAAAAAGAGCUGGGAAAUCCAAGUUUCCUGUCGGAGCUGAUCAACUACGACAAGGACGCGAACUUGAACGAGUCAAUGUUGUCAAAGGUGUCGAAGUAUACAUCCAAGCCUGAGUUCGACCCCGAACAGGUCGGCAAACAGUCGGGGGCAGCCAAGUCUCUCUGCCUGUGGGUGAGGGCGAUGGUGGUGUACGGGCGAGUAGCGAAGAACGUGGCGCCGAAGAAGGCGAAGCUCAAGGCAGCCAUGGACAGCCUGGUGAAGAAACGAUCGCAGCUCAAGGCUGCCCAGGACGACCUGCAGGAAGUGACGGACAAGAUGCUGGCGCUCAAGAACAAGUACGACGAGAGCGUCGGGUUGAAGGAGAGGCUCAUGAACGAGUCUGCCGAGCUCGAGGCCAAGCUGGACCGAGCGCAGCGGCUGGUGGGCGGGCUGGGAGGGGAGAGAGAUCGCUGGGACGAGAGUGCGACCAACCUGGAGUCAAAGAUCACCAAGCUCAUCGGAGACUGCGCGAUCUCGGCCGCGUACCUGUCCUACUGCGGGCCCUUCACAGCUGAGUACAGGCUGGACCUGGUCCACAACUCGUGGAUUCCGAACCUGAAGAAGCUGGAGAUCGUUGCAUCAGACAACUUCUCCUUCUCAGAGUUCCUCGCUGAGCCCUCGACUGUGAGGACGUGGAACAUUCAAGGGCUGCCCCCCGACUCCUUCUCCACCGAGAACGGCGUGCUGGUGACCCUCGGCCGGCGCUGGCCCCUGUGCAUCGACCCGCAGUUCCAAGCGAACAAGUGGAUCAAGAACCUGGAGAAGUCGCAGGGGCUCAAGGUGAUGGACCUCAACAUGUCGGACUGGAUGAGGCAGAUGGAGAACGCCAUCCAGUUCGGCAACCCCGUGCUGCUGCAGGACAUCGGCGAGGAGCUGGACUCGUCCCUGGAGCCGGUGCUGUCCAAGGCCGUGACCAAGAAAGGAAACUCGAUGAUCCUCAAGCUCGGCGACAAGGAGGUCGACUUCAACCCGGACUUCAAGCUCUACAUCACCACGAAGCUGUCGAACCCGCACUACACUCCCGAGAUCUCCACCAAGACGACAGUGAUCAACUUCGCAGUGAAGGAGGACGGAAUGGAAGACCAGGUUCUGGGGCUGGUGGUGAAGAAGGAACGCCCCGACCUGGAGGAGAAGAACCAAGAGCUCAUAGUCAACGUGGCGCAGGGCAAGCGAACUCUUGUAGACCUCGAGAACAAGAUCCUUGCCCUGCUGUCCUCCAGCAAAGGUUCGCUCCUCGACGACGCGAGCUUGGUAGACACCUUGCAGACGUCGAAGCUGACGGCAGAGGAGGUUUCUUCUCAGCUCCAGAUCUCUGAAGGUACCAAGGAGCAGAUCGACAAGGCAAGGGAGUCUUACAGGCCCUGCGCAACCCGAGCCUCCAUCCUCUACUUUGUCAUCACGGAUCUGACGAACCUGGACACCAUGUAUCAGUUCUCUCUGGACUACUACUUCGAUCUUUACAACCAGUCGAUCGACAAGAGCGCAAAGUCAGAGGAUUUGGAAGAGAGGAUCAGACAUCUCAACACGUAUCACACGGCCUCAGCCUACAGGAACAUCUGCCGCAGCCUCUUCGAGAAGCACAAGCUCCUCUUUUCCUUCCAGAUGUGCGUCAAGAUCCUGCAAAAGUCCUCUAAGAUCAACAACGACGAGUACCAGUUCUUCCUGCGCGGCCCCGGACUGGUCGACAAGUCCUCUCACCCUCCCAACCCAGCUCCCGAGUGGAUCGCUGAGUCAGCAUGGGAGGCGAUCUGUGAGAUGGACAACCGGCUGUCAAACCUGCGCAACAUCACUUCGUCUCUGGAGCAGAACACUUCCGAUUGGAAGAAGUGGUACGUCAACCAGGAGCCGGAGAGCUCGCCGCUGCCCGGGGAGUGGGAGAACAAGUGCACAGAGCUGCAGCGACUGGUUCUGAUCCGCUUCCUCCGCCCUGACCGAGUCAUCUUUGCCGUCAGCAGCUUCGUGGCGAACAACCUCGGCCCCAAGUUCGUCGAGCCGCCAGCGUUCGACCUGGACCUGGUCUACAACGACUCUCUUCCUACAGCCCCUUUGAUCUUUGUGCUCUCCCCGGGAGUGGAUCCGGUGGUGAUGCUCAAGUUGAAGGCGGAGCAGAAGGGGAUAGGCGACAAGUUCUACAGCCUGUCGCUGGGGCAGGGGCAGGGGCCCAUCGCCGGGAGGAUGCUGGACGAGGGGAUGAGGGAUGGCCACUGGGUCUUCCUUGCCAACUGUCACCUCUGCCUGAGCUACAUGGGCGAGCUCGAGAAACGAGUCGCCGAGCUGCCGUCCCGGCAGCUGCACCCUGAGUUUCGCAUGUGGCUUUCCUCUGCCCCCACCCCCAAGUUCCCCAUGUCGAUCCUGCAGAGUGGGCUGAAGAUGACGACAGAGCCGCCGCGGGGGAUCAAACCGAACCUGACGCGCCUGCUCAACAAGUUCACAGAGCCGCAGUUCGAGAGGUCGAAGAAGCUGAGCAAGUACAAGAAGAUGUGCUUCGUGCUGUGCUACUUCCACGCGUCGCUGCUGGAGAGGAGGAAGUUCAAGAACCUGGGGUGGAACAUCCCCUACGACUUCAACGACUCUGACUUUGACAUCUGCGAAGACCUCCUGGUCCUCUACCUCGACAACUAUGAGCAGACCCCCUGGGAGGCGAUCCGAUACCUCAUCGGGGAGGCCAACUACGGCGGUCGCGUGACAGACAACUGGGACCGGAGGCUGGUCACGACCUACCUGGAGAGCUGGUACUCGGAGACCCUCUUCGACACGGAGAACUUCAAGCUCUCCUCCCUCCCCACCUACUACAUCCCCGAGGACGGGCCCCUCCAGUCCUACAAGGACUACGUCGCGCAGCUGCCCAACUUCGACGCCCCCGAGGCCUUCGGGCAGCACAGGAACGCGGACAUCGCUUCGCAGAUCGAAGACACUAACGAGAUGCUCGAGGCUCUGCUGAUGCUGCAGCCGCGAGUCAUCGAUGGCUCGGGAGCCUCGAGGGAGCAGAUCGUUGACGGCAUCGCUACGGAGCUCCUCGAGCAGCUACCACAUGACAUGGACUUGGACGCGUUCAUGGCCGCCAAGAUGGACGACCAGAGUGCUCUGCAUGUUGUGCUGUUCCAGGAGGUGGAGCGAUACAACCUGCUGAUGAGAGACGUCCGGGGGCAGCUGACGGAGCUGAAGAAGGCGAUCAAGGGGACGGUGGUGAUGACGUCAGACCUUGACGAAGUGUUUGUCUGCCUCUUCGACGGGAGGAUCCCCAACCAGUGGCUGAAGGGGUACCCCUCCCUCAAGCCCCUCGCGACCUGGUCGCGCGACCUGCUGGAUCGAGUGAAGCAGUUCUCGGACUGGGGCACAGGAACGUAUCCUGUCGUCUACAACCUCGGCUACUUCACCUUCCCCACUGGCUUCCUCACUGCCGUGCUGCAGAACUCAGCGCGGAGGAACAGCGUCUCGAUCGACGUCCUCUCGUGGGACUUUGUGAUCCAGGUGAACGAGGUCAAGGAGCCGCCCAGGGAGGGCGUCUACAUAGGAGGCACGUUCCUGGAGGGAGCUGGAUGGGACGCGGAGGCAACUUGCCUGCAGGAGCCCAACCCCAUGGAGCUGCUCAUCAGCAUGCCGGUGAUCAACUUCAAGCCGACGGAGAGCAAGAAGAAGGCGAGCAAGGGCAUCUACCAGUGCCCCUGCUACUACUACCCCGUCCGCACCGGCACGCGAGAGCGACCAUCCUACAUCAUCACCGUCGAGCUUCGGUCGGGGAAAGCAGAGGCCGAUCACUGGAUCAAGCGAGGGACGGCGAUGCUGCUGUCUGCGGCUACGUGAGAGCUGGAGAUGUAGAGAGAGUGAGACAGAGAGAGGUAGUGAAUGGUUUGAGUAGGACAAGUUCAAAUCUUGUUUUAAGCGUCAAAUCAAUGCUUUCUUUCUCACAC